AUUCACUAGAUGGAGGACUCUAAAUUUGCAAGAAAAAAUUUUGCUCUUAACUUCUCACAUCGGAUAGAUUAUUUAUCUUUUGGAAACGAUGUUCCUGGACACAUCAAUCCCCUUGAUGGCACAGAAAAAAUUACAUUAGAGCAAAAUAUGCUGUUUCAGUAUUUUAUCACAGUUGUGCCCACCAAGCUGCACACAUCAGGUGUUUCAGUGAACAUGCAUCAGUUUUCUGUUACAGAACGGGAGCGGCUUGUAAGCAAUAAGAAAGGCAGUCAUGGUGUAUCUGGGAUCUUUAUUAAAUAUAACCUGAGUCCAUUAAUGGUGAGGGUGAGAGAGGAGCAUAUGCCUCUCUCUGUGUUUCUUGUGAGACUGUAUGGCAUCAUUGGAGGAAUCUUUUCAACUUCAGGUCUGCUCCACGGAUUGAUUGGGUAUUUUGUUGACAUUAUCUGCUGUUGCUUUAGACUUGGAGCAGAUCAAUCCAAGGAGGGUUCUCCCUGAUUAGGACCGCCUGGAAAAUUUUACAUGUAUUUAUUUAGCAGAGACAUUUAUAUAAAGCGAAAAAUGAGAAGCAUAAAUAAGUCCUGGAUGGUAGCGUAUAAACAGAUUAUUUAGUUUACAACUGCAAUUACAUAUUAUGCCAUUCGCAAUUCGCUUAAUGGGAUUGUAGUUCUUUCCAUCAUUAAAGUCGUUAAGA